GACAGACAUCCCCGAAGUUCACGGUCGAUAUCCCCACUCUGCCCCCUCGAAGGGGGAGAGGGAAAAAAGAGAGGCAAAAAAGCUCAUCAGUGUGGGGGCUGACUAACGCAAUUAAUCCCCCCCCUUGGGAAACCUCCCCCCACUCUCACUCCCCAGGAUGUUACAGGAGAACGUAGUUCAGAGUGCAAACUUCUUGAUCCCUUGUUCUACGGCAACGCAAUACCGGUAUGCUGUCUCUAGUCCAAACAAGCAGAAAUAAGAAAAAAGGAAAAGGAAAAGAGUUCAUUCAACCCCCUUCUGUUCUGGAAUCACGAUAACAUCCACCAUGAGCAACACCAUACACACUCCGUCACCCUCAGAAACUUCACCUCCCUAUGCGACGGCGACUGGCACGAAGGACAACGCCUCUCGCCUUCGAGAGAACCAGCGUCGCAGCAGGGCUCGCAAGAAGGAGUACCUGGCGUCCCUCGAGGCGCGUUUCCAAGCUUGCCAGAGAGCGGGAGUAGAGGCAAAUGUUGAGAUCCAGAAUGCGGCCAAGAAGGUUGUUCGCGAGAACCUACUACUACGAGAGAUGCUGCGAAGCAGAGGCGUUAGGGACGAUGAGAUUAAUCGGGUCAUCAGGGAGGGCGGGGAGGGGAGCGCUAAUGGGGAAUCGGCAGUCGAGGGAGUUAUGAAGGUUCUCGGACGAAGGCCAUGUGGUGGGGAGCCGCUUCCCGUUGCAAAGUUGGGGGAUGAAAGAUUCAAUGAUAGAAGGAAUUCUACAGGAAUGUUGGCCGCGAGAGAUGCCGGUGACAGAGUAUCACGCUGCAGUGAGACUUCAUGCCCACCGGCGACGGGCUCCGGGACAUGUGCUUCCCCAAAGUGUUCAUCCCAACUUCCUCUAUCUCCGCCUUCGCCCGUAUUACAACUCCCAAUACACCGCCCACCGCCACCUCCGCCUUCGUCCGCAUUCACCCCGCAGCACUACCCAUCACCUAGCGGAACACCUACAUCCGCUGUUCCCACCUACGCACUUCCAGUAUCCACGCCACAAUUAAACCCCUACUACACAUUCUCUUCCCCGCCUCCUCCUACCUCACAAUCAUACACUGCCACCUCCCCGACAUACCCCCCCGCCAACGCCGCAGCCACUGGUUACCAACAAUUUUACCCGGCUCCACCACAGAAUGCUUCCCCGCAAUCAUCAUCAAACUGUUGUUACCCGCAGCAGCAACAGCAGCAACAGCAGCAACAGCAACAACAGCAACAACAGUACCAGAACCCAUGUACCUCCUCGACGACACCCUGCCAUCUCGCACAAACAUUCAUACACCAAUUACACCCCCAGGACGGCGGCCAGCUGGUCAACGAGAUAUGUCCACCUGAGGCCAUGGGUAGCGGGAAUUGUCAUGUCGAAAACAGCGUUCUUUUUGAUUUACUUGACAAGAUCUGAUAUUCUCACUCGUUUUUUUUUUGCCUGUUGUCAUGUCGGAAACGGAAGGUAUAUAAAAUUGGUAUAUAAGGAUCCUUUUUGUGCGCCAAUUCUGAGAUUGGGGGAGGAGGGGGGGCGUACAGUUAGGUGGAUAUUGAAGGAUAUGGGUAUAUGGGGGGGAGAGGUUAAAAGUAGGUAGGUAUAAGGUGAGUUUUUUAUUAUGGGAGACAGGUCUGUAUAAUUACUAUCCUUUUUUUGCGUUGGGUUGCUUUCAGGUUGGCCACAAGCAGUAUAUGGAUCGGCGGGGAGGAUUUGAGUUUGUUGAUGCCAUUUAAACUGUAAAAGUUGGUCCGUUCGUACAUAGUUUUAAAAAAAAUCGUAAAUCAGAAA